UGCCAUGGAGACUCAGUCACACCCACAAAAUAAUGUUCAUGCCAAGCAGUGAUUGUUAUUUAGCUUUCUGACGAGUAUUUUAAAAUUGGUGUGCUAUUGUUAACUUUAUGAUGAGAGAGUUUACUGAACAGUUAACUUUAUCAUUACCAAUGGACGGGAAACACUGAAGUGCGUAAAAAUAAACUGCAAAGUAUAGCCUAAACAAACAGCUUUAAUGUAUAUUUAAUUGUAUAGUCUUCACUCUAACAAAAAAUUACUUAUGAGAAAUGAAUUAGUCUAAUCUGAAAAUGAAUCUUGCAUGGAGCAUGCAUGCACAUAUAUGCGCAAUGAUGAUAGUGGGUUUGGCUAUAGGAAGUUAAGGAAUGAUCAAUGUUCAGAUAAAAGAAAGCCAGCUCGACUCCAACUUUUAAAUAUUUCUAAUUUUUGUAGUAGUCUAUAUCAAUUGGUAAUAGCUAUAGUCUAGUAAGGAUCAGGAAUUUCAAAAAAUGGAAAUGGAUGAGAUGACAAUCUUGGAGGAAAACAAAAACUUUACCUUGAGUGAAGACAUCAAUGGUCCACUCCUAGCAGCAGUCAUUGGAUUGGAGAUGAUCACAGGAUUCUUGACUAACUCCUUUAUACUUGUACUAACUAUCUGCUAUUUGAAGACAUGGAAGCAACCAUCCAACAUUUUCCUCACUAACAUGCUACUGAAUAACCUUGUCAUAGUUGUCAUUGUGACCCCAUUUUCCAUUGUUACUUGUGCCUCUGGUGAGUGGAUUUUUGGCAAUACAUUGUCAGAAAAGGUAGCAAUUUGUGAAGCUUCUGCAUACUUUUUUACUUUCAGCACUACUGUUGCUAUUGAAAGCUUGGUUUUGAUAUCUUUUGAUCGCUUCUUUUUCAUUGUAAUGUCAUUCGAGUAUAAGAAAUACAUGACAGUAAACAGAGCUAUCAUCAUAGUUAUAAUUUCCUGGAUGCUAGCAGCAAUAUUGAUCAGCACACCACUCUAUGGAUUCGGUAACUAUCGAUUUUCCAACAGCUACGGCAUGUGUGUUCCUAACUUUAGAAAUUUGGGCUAUGCAGCGUAUGGAAGCACCAUAAUUCUGGUUUUAAUUUUGAGCAUCAUAGUAACGUCAACAUGGACGUACUGCUUCACCAGGAGAUACAUCAAAAGAAGGAGCUCUGCUUCUAGUUUAAGUUAUAACAGUAAUGAAUACCAGUCUCAAAACAGGAAACUCGUUGGGUUGUUUGGGAUGCUAAUUGUCAUUCAUAUACUUUGCUACACUCUUUUUGUUGCUGUUAGUGCUCUUCGACCCUUUUACACUGCUCCUCGUCAAUUAUGGGCAACAACGUUUGUCUUAGUAAUACUAAUGACUAGCCUUAGCCCACUCGCUCAUGCUUACUUUCGAUAUGACAUUAGGAGUUUUCUUCAUAGGCUCUACAUGAAAAUUAAAGGAACAUGCAUUUGUAGUUGUGUCGGAACGUCAGCAACUCAAAAGGAAGCGACUCAAUCAUUUGACACAUCAAUAAUGAAAACUAAUGGUAUUCACGAGCACAAGACUCAAUUAAGUAUCAGCUAGAUUUUCAUUGUCUGUUGUAUACUUACUUUGUUUUGUUUAUGUUACAUACUACUAUUGCGAUCUAAAUCCAUAAUUAUUAUUCUUAAGAUAAUAAUAAUAAUAAUAAUAGAUAAUAAUAAUUGCACACAUGUACAAGGAAACUGAGUUGUGUAUUUUAUUCAGAUUUUUAUUGCAUCAAA